GUAUUUUUUCCACAGGAUCGGUAUUUCCAAGCACCAAACCAGAAGCCACAAUCAAUGAGAUGGAGCUCUGUGGUGGAUGCCCCUGCCUGCUCCCAAGUCCAAUACCCACAGUGAUGCCCACACCUCUUGGUGGGGCCACGUACCCCAGCUCAGCAUCCCCACAUUACAGCAUUCUACCUGCGGCUGUGGGAGGAAGCAGCCUGAAAGUCAAAGAAGCAGAAGUACCUCCCUGCACCGCUCCUCCCCACCCCGCAGCCCCAGCACUCCCCUGGCACAGCACACGCCAGGCUCUAAGGCUUGCAACUUCUAAAGCCUCCCCGGCCUUCAAGUGCCAAAACCACAUGCUGCCUUGUGGCCGACCAUGGCAUCUACUCUGGAGAAAUUCAUUCAUUCUCUGGACCCCAGAGCCCUUCCAAGGGUACUCGAAAUCCAGUCAGGCAUCUAUUUCGAAGGUUCCAUAUAUGAAAUGUUUGGAAAUGAAUGCUGCCUGUCAACAGGAGAAGUGAUUAAAGUUAUUGGCUUCAAAAUUAAUAAGCUUAUAGCAAGUAUCUGUGAGAAUAAUGAAGACGGCCAGAUUUCUGCCAAAGUGGAAUUACCACUAAAUUUUCCUGGUCUUUAUAAGGUUGUGGCAGACAAAACACCAUAUGUCAGUGUUGAAGAAAUUACAAGAAAAGUUGCUAUUGGGCCAACGAGAUUUGGCCAUCCAUGUUUCUACAGCCCUGAGGAUAUAAAACUGGCAAAUCUCACUAUCAAACAAGGUGAGCAGAUCACCUUCAAUUCUCUGGAAGAGAUCAAUGGAACAAUGGCUGUGAGCUGUGUUGUGGUCAGAAACAACCGGUCUCAUUCCUUUGCUUUGCCCCUUUCACAAGAAGGAAAAUUCUAUGAGUGCGAAGAUUACCAGAUAUACACCCUAAAAGAGAUUGCAGAAUGGAAAAUCCCUAAGUGCAGAAGCCGGGUUGUCAAACUUUCCAACACUUUACAUACGUGGAACUCCUCUAAUCCACUUCCUGAGAAUUUUGGUGGCUACUUGAUUCUCAUGCCGGUCUAUGAAGUGCAGGCAGUAAUGAAAUUUCGAAAGGACAUCGUUCAUAUCCUCUCUGAUCUAGAUGUUGAGGUCAAGGAUAUAACAGACUGUUACGAUACUAACUCUUUCCUUCAGCCGCUGUCUUUGGAAGAUGUAUUUGAGAGAACAAGCAAGGAAUUUCCCAUGGUUGCUGAGAUAAUGGAUGGGCCUUUAGGAUGCCAGAAACCUUAUAACUUAUUGCAUACAGGGAAAGAGAUUGUCAUCUACAAAAAGUACCAGGCUACAAGAGUUAUAGCCUCUGAGAUCAGAAGCGAUUCCUCCAAAAGACAUUUUUUAAUCCCUAUGACCUAUAAAGGAAAGUUCAAGAGAAGACCUCGGGAGUUUCCAACUGCCUAUGACUUAGAGAUAGCAAGAAGUGAAAGGGAACAGCUUCAUGUUGUAGCAACUAAAGCCUUUGAUUCUCCUCAUACAGAGCUUUUUUCUGUUUCAGUUGGAGAUCAGUUUCUAGUUCAGCAGUGUCAGACUAGUGAAGUUCUUUAUGAGGGAAAAAGGAAAGUCAUAGAUGUUUUAGCUUGUGAACAAAUACUGAGUAAUGCAUACAAGAAAGUGCUCCUCCCUAUGUACAUGGAAGGUGGCUUUGUGGAAGUGAUUCAUGACAAUAAGCAGUACCAGCUUUCUGAGAUUUGCAAAGAAUUUCGUUUGCCUUUUAAUGUCAAAGUAUCCGUGAGGGAUCUUUCCAUGAAAGAGGAUGUGUUGGCUGCUGUGCCUGGUCUGCAGUUUGAAGAAGAAAUCACAGACUCUUAUUUGCUGAUCAGUAGUGCCAGUAGUCCAACAGAGAGCUGGGAAAUUCCUGUGUAUCGCUUAAGCAUGUUGGUCCAUUUGCUCAGCAGAGAUGUCCAGACAGUUGUACCUCCCAUGACUAAGACAACAGUGGAAGAGAUCAGUGAAGAGCAGUACUAUAUGGUACGAAGAUAUGAAAACCAAACUGUACCUCCACCCCCUAGACCUCCCAAAAAGCCAGCAACACUUGCGCUACAACCUGGUUUUGCAGUAUCUGAUCAAGAUAUAUCUGAUGUACUACAGGAUCCAAAGGUAAAAUAUUGUACUAUGUCUAUGUCUUUGAAUCUCUUACAAACAUAGGUCGUUUAUAGUCUCCACUUCACUGGUGUAUCCUUAUGGCGUUGUACACAGAUGGCUCUCCAUUCCUUGUAAUAGGCAAAUUAGCCAUUAUGGACAACAAUGGUUAAAAUCUCCACUGUGAGUUAAUUGAUCCAUGAAAAACAAAAGAACCAUGCUGACUCGCAGCAGAAAGCUUGGCCUUAUAAUUUUAGACAGAUAAUCCUUAAUUGCAGCAAUGCAAAAGUGAAUGGAGAGACUUGAAGUGGUUAUAGUCAUACAUUUACUAAGGGGUAACAUAUGUUUUCAUUAUAUAUAUCAAGAGAAUUUUGCUCAGCUGGAAACAGCAGAAUCAAAUUCACAGAAAGUCAGGCUGUAUGGACCUUUUUAACUGCAUAUUUUUGCACUUCCCCAAGUGGCAAAUAGAUCUGGAAUAAAAAGGACAACACUUUUAGAAAAACCCUUGAUGUUAAGAAAGUUAAGUACCCCUUCUAGGACAAUUUUCUUAGUGAUUAACCUAAGCCAAUGCAUUUGUUCAUUAAUUUUUGUGCUGAGUCUGACUGAGGUGGAAAUUAUUUUCUUCAUAGCAGCCUGUGAGAUACUGUGUUUUGAAUUUGUGACUACAAUAGCAUUGAUAACUCACCAGUGUUUAGGCUGCUGCUGAGUAGUAUAUGUCUAGCUACUAGGCCUUCUCUUUUUCCCACUCUGUCCCCCUAGCAAGUAGGCCAAAAGGUGGCCUAGAGGCUGGGUGUGGAUGCAGCUGAGACAGAUGACCUGAAAUGGCCAAAAGGAUAUUCUAUGUCAUGCUCAGCCAUAAAAAAUGAUAGGAGUGACUGGUCUGGGAGAGUGGCCAUAGAGCAGAAAUUGGCAGGCCAUCUUUCUGCUUGUGGAAAGUGGUGAGCAGCAUCACUUUUUUUUCUUCCUCUUUCCUUUACUUUUGAAUUGUCUUCUUGUAUACCCAAGAAUUUUCUCAAUUUUUCUCUUCCUUGUUCUAACAUCAGAAGGGGAAUGAAUGAACAAAUAGAUGGGUGUUUAGCUGCUUGUCAGGGUCAACCCACCGCAGUUUUCUUGCAUACUGAAAGAAUUAAAGAAAGACAGAUUGAUGGAUUUCAACAUAAUGUCUAUCCAUUUCUCUCUUCCAUGUGCAAAUGCAAAUUCCCUACAGGGGAAGAAGGGUAUACUCUAGAAAUUCUUUCAGACCUCUGCUGGGGCCUCAGUAUGAGAAUGCAGAGCAAUUGUGCUACACUUUAAAUGCAACAGAACUCAUGGUGUUGCAUUUAGGGCGGGUUCAAGGGAAAGUUAUUUUUUGUGUUGCUAUCAAACUAAAGUUCAGCUGUAGCCACCAUAGAAGCAGAUCUUAAGGGAGUCCUCAUCCUUUCUUGCUGGAAGUGUCCCUCUGCUCAGCGCCAAUUCCAGGACCACAUGCAGGUCACCAGCCCCACAGAAGUUCUGGGAACUGGUUGCAACAGAGCAUAGGAGAAAUAAAGAAUCAGGAUGGGUCCCUCAGAUAAGGGUAAUACAGCAAAAAACAGUGUGCACUGAAGCUUGCAGCAGCUUAAAUAAGCCAUUCUACUAGGCUUGGGAAGAUAGAGAAGACAGACCCCGGAAGCUUCAGCCUGGCACUGGCUUGGGAUAGUGAACCGGGAAGAAUUCUCUAAACACAGUGUUUCUGGUAGACCUGUAUGGUAAUGAGGACUCAGACUUCCUGCUGUGACUGGUAGCUUCAUGUGUAGAGCAACAGUUACAUCUUGAAUCUAUACCACACCUGCAGAAAAAAAAAAAUCUUUUUUUCUGAAGUGGGGAAAGAUCAUUAAGAACAGGAGAGGGAUGAGUUGAGGUUCCUUUGCACAUUCAUGAGUGAGAGUGACCUUAGACGGCAGCUGCCCCAGCAAAGAGGCACAUGUUAAGCAGACUGCACCAGAGGACAUUUUUUUUUGUCACAUGCCUGCUAUAAAUAAGUAAUAAAUUGCAGUUACAAUGAUUUGAGUUAUGCAGAUUCAUAAGUCUCCUUCCCUGGAAAGACGAAACAAGUAGAGUUCCCUUAUUCAUAAGAUUAAACAACGUGAAAGUUAAUGUAAUAGGUUUAAAGUCUCACAGAAUGCAUUAUCUGUUCUAUCCCAAGCACAGCAAGUCCUCUGAGAGGAUGUGGAUCGUAGCUGAUAGGCUCUGCCUUGGCCUCUCUGCCAGCAACAGCAGUACAGAGACUUCAUUUUCUUCUAAAUCUACCAGGGAUGUCUGAGGUCUCAGAAAGUUAGAGAUUGUGCCAAACUGAUAAAUAGCUCACUCUGCAUAUUUUGUGACUCUGUGCAGGCUUAUUUGCAUAAAUAACAGACAAACGUCCUCAUGAGCUGAACUUAAGCCUGACAGGGUGGCAGCCUGGAAUAAGCUUUAAUGCUGCAUGAAUUGCCACUCUUCUCCUGUAGGCAGCUCCCUGCCCGGCUGUGUGCUGGAGGGUGGUGGUCAGUUUCUUGCUGAGUGGUUGGGAGCCUGGUGCUCCAGGAUUAAAUGCUGCUGAUGCAUAAAUCCAGAGAGGUCUAGAAUGUGGCAGUUUUAUGACAGUACUGGAGGAUGCUCUGCCAGAGCAGGUCACCUCUAGCUACGGCUUGUGCUUUGAUCACCUUUUAGCUCUUCCAGCAAGGUUGCGAGGGCAGAGAGGCUCCAGCUGUCUCCACCUGCUGUUCCCUGACCUUAGUAAGGAGAAUACUGGGGCCAGGAGCAGAACUACAUAGUGCAUUUCCCUGUGUUCUGUUGGGCAUGUUAGUCACUGAGUUGUAUGAAAUUGGCAGCCAGUAUGGACUGAAACUUCAGAUGACUGCAAUUACUGCCUCAGCUUGCAUGCAAGGUGCAGUACUACAGAGACACAUAUGUUAGUACAGUUCAGCAAAGUCCAGAGACAAAAAUAAUAUAUCUGCAUUAACCAAGCCCUGUGCCUAGGCUCCUCACUGGGCUAAUUAAUUUGGCUGAGCUCCUGCUGACACAGCUUUCUCUUCCAGAGCCUGGGGAUCCCUUCUCUCACCUCCACAGGUUCCUGUAGACUUUGACUUUUCCUCUCACCUCAUCAUUCUAUUUGGUUAAGGAACAUUCGGCCCACAUAUGUUUGAAGUUUUGUAUUAGUUGCUAAUUGAAUGAAGAAAGAACUUUGCCUCCCCCCUCCCUCACCCCAAAUCCAUGCAAACUAAAUAAAUGAAAUAAAAUGUCAGGUAAAUGGAAUUAAUCUGAUAUUUCAGAAUGAUUAAACUCUAUCUCAUAAACAAUAUUACCUCUGUCCACCGUGACAAAUUUUAUCAGUUCCAUACCCCCAGCUGAUGACAGCACUGACAAAGCAAUUGUACCCUGUGAUGAAUGGAAAAACUUGGGAUACCAACACUCAGAGAAAAUCCACAUUUCUUCACUUGAGUCAUUGCAGUGAAGUCCUCAAGGGACUCUAACUGCAAUUUUGAAUAAAAUAGUUAAAGUCAUUCAGAUUCUGACUUGUGAGCUUAGCUAGAGAAUGAGAAUGACCUAAUAAAACCCUGUAAGUAAAUCCUAGUGAAUUGAAAUCAGGGCACUCACUCAGUUGCCUGGAGAGAAGACUCCGGGGAGGAACCAGACAGGACAUCACCUUCCUGAAAUUAGGAUUCACCUAAAAGAACAAACCAGAUGUGCAACUGAAAGCUCUUUUCAGUUAGAACCACCACUGUGAAUAUAAGAAUCCAAAUUUUUCUUAGUAUCUCUAGGUGGGCAGAAGUUCAGAAAGUGUUUCCUAAAAUUUCCUCAGGUUUUUUCUCUGAUGCCUGCAGUUUCCUCCUCCUGAAAAGAUGCAAGGCAGCAAAAGCUUUCUAGCUUUCUUUUUGCCU